CAAUCCUCGCCGCCUGGCAACCGCCUUGAUCUCUGGUCGACUCUCACAAGACCUUAGUUUUCCCGCCCUCCCCACCACUCGCCAAUCUUCAACCUACAAGCCUGACUCGAUUUCACAAUGAAGAGAACCAUCACCGCGAUUUUCGCCGUUGCCGGCGCUGCCACCGUGGCUGCCGUCGACUUUCCUUCCAACAUGCCAGAUUGUGGCGAGAACGACAUUGCUUGCUUGUGCCGGAACAAGGACUUCGGUUUCGGUAUUCACGACUGUACCAUUCAGGUCUGCGACAGUGUCGACCAGGCCAACGUGGCCAUCGACUGGGGCAACAGCCUCUGCGCAGGUGUCAACGUUCCGGCCAAUAUUCCCUCGGCUACCUCUGUCGCCGGUCCCACUGGCGGCUCUGGUUCAGCCUCGAGCGCCCCUGUCACCAGCGAGUCGAGCGAGAGCGGCGAGGCUAGUGCCAUCACCACCAGCACCUGGACCUCGACCUUGUCCAGCAAUUCGGCCACCACCACCGUCAUUGGCGAGACCACCAUCACGGGCACUGGCGGCGCGGGUGGUGCUACCUCGGCGGUUGAGUCCACCGUCACUUCACCUAUUGUCUCGACGCGGACUGCUGUGACCUCGGUUUCUGAGCCUUCAACGACCACAAGCAGCGCACAGGCCCCCCAAAUGACCGCGGCUCCGGCUCUCGGUGCCCUCGCCGCCGCCGGCAUUGCGUUUGCCUUUUUCUAGAUGUUGAUGGGCAUGUGGGAAAUACCAAAAUGCGGGCAGAUAAUCUGAUGAUAAUCUCUUUUUUCUUCGGUGGAUGCUUUACGACUGCACGAAGGUUGAGGCGGGAGGAAGGAUGGCACCGAUCUUAAUGACUAGUGGACAUAAUUACGCAUGAAAACCCAGCCGCUAUGGCUGUUAUCUUGCUUUGAGAUCCCAUUCAUAUGUCGGCAGUCUCUUGCUGGGAAUCACUCUUUGUACGUAUAUGCAGAACUGGGAGUUACGGGAUACGAAAAAAGUUGCCUACGCUGGACGAGCAUGGCAGCUUUUUGCUUGCUCUGAUAUGACGGACCCAGGAGCUAACGGGGAAGUUGCAGAGCUAGGUAACCCAAAGAGAUAAUUGUAAACCGCUCUUCUCUCGGUGACAGCACUGGUCGGCUUGUCCUGCAUCAUCAACGGGG